UGCAGUGACGUGGGAGAGUUCCGUCAGUGGAGCGGUGUCUGACAUCCAGCCUGCCCGGGCCAGCAGCUGCCUUGCCCGGUUUGGGGGAAAUCCGACAAAGUGUGUGCGUGUGGGUCCGAGACGGAGCGCGGAUGAAAGAGAAAAACCAGAAGCGGACUGACUGAGCUGGUUCUGGGUUUUUCUCUGCAGGACUCGGGGAGCAUGUUUUGGCAGUGAUCGGACUCAAAGGUGGGAGAGGAUAUUGUGUUUUUUUAUUUUUUAUUUUUUUAUUGUGUUUUUCUCCAUCGCUGAUUCUGCACAUCAGCGCGCCCGAGCAUCGUGAAGGCGCAGCCGCGCUCCUGCAGCUCCGCGCCGCGGUCAGAGCUCCGGAUAAGCGCGUCUGGAUGCUGUGUGUGUUUUUUUAUUUUUUUACCUCUGGAGAGGCGGAUAAACCGGGAUAAGAUCAGGCGACAACAGUUGCGAGAAUACUGAAUAAGUCAGAGGGGACAGUGUGGUUUCUAACGGACACGGGAGAGAGAGGAGGCGCAGCAGCAGCAGCAGCAGGAGGAGCAGGAGGAGGAGGAGGAGAACCAAAAACCUGCAGGUUUGUUGAGCCUGUGGGGAUGAGGAUCCAAAGGUGUCGGUGUGAUUAGAGGACAGGGAGCUCGGAAGCAGGGGACACCCGCAGAAACGCAGAUUGGAGGAGGCGGUGAUGGCGGGUAGAGGCACCGGGGUUCACACGCUCCGUCAGCCGACCGCAGCCCUGUCAGGAGCCGCAGCAGCAGCAGCAGCAGCAUGAGGAGGAGGAGAUUAGAGAGAGAAAACACAGAGGAGGUGACCCUUAUCAUAUCCUGAAGGAGACAAGACAUAGAGCAUGGUCUUGUGUUUGUCUACAGUGCCAAAGAAACGCCAGGGAGAAGCCUCCAUGGCCAGAGAAUCAUCGCCUUCCUAGCUCCAUCAGGAGCCCUUUUAACCCUGUUCCAAGCUGCACUAAGGGGCUCAAACAUUCCCCUGACUCCACCAGGAGGCUCACUCCAACCCAUCUGCCAGCUCAGAUAACCCUCUGACUGUUGGCAACCACAUGUUUGAGGUGAUUGUAUGUGACCGCCGCCGCCGCCCAUUCUCGAGCAGCAGCAGCCUCCUGCAACCCCGAUCUGCACCAUGCAGUGGAGACGGCGGCACUGUUGUCCCAUCAAGAUGACCGUCAAGCGUUCCCUCUUCCGGACCCAUGUGGCCGGCCUCCUCUCGUUGGCUCUGCUCUUCACCCUCUUCUUAUUUUUCAGCCACCAGGACUGGCUGCCGGGACGCAGUGGACCACGGGAGAAUCCCCUGGCCUACACCGUGAGGGGCUUUCGCAGCCCCAAGGGAGAAGCCAACCAGAGCAACUCCUUGAGGAGCCUGUGGAGGGAGACAGGGUAUGUAGCACCAAAGCCUUUGCUAAACCUCAGCUCUCAGCAAGUGGACGGGGCAGCGGGGGAGGCAGCAGGGGGUGGAGCCAAAAUGGGCGUAAUGGGGCUUGGGGACUCCAUGAGCACUAACAACAGUUUACAGAAGGAGAUGGGUGUGGGAGGGAGGCUCAGCGCUCAACCCUACCGGUACAUCCUGAACGAGCCCUUCAAGUGUAGGGACAGCACUCCCUUCCUCAUCCUUCUAAUCGCUGCAGAACCCGGCCAAACCGAUGCCCGCAACGCCAUCCGGCAGACAUGGGGGAAUGAAAGCAUAGCGAUGGGACUAGGGUUUGUCCGUCUUUUCCUGCUUGGCACAGGAAAGAGCUCAGACAUCCUCCAGAGCAACAUAGAGGAGGAGAGCCGUGUUCACCAUGACAUCAUCCAACAGGACUAUCAGGACACCUACUACAACCUGACCAUCAAAACCCUGAUGGGCAUGAACUGGGUGGCCACCUAUUGCCCGCAUGCCUCCUAUGUGAUGAAGACGGACAGCGACAUGUUUGUCAAUACGGAGUAUCUCAUCCAAAAGCUGCUGAAGCCAGAGCUGCCUCCCAAGCAGAGGUACUUCACUGGCUACCUGAUGAGGGGCUAUGCACCAAACCGGAACAAGGACAGCAAGUGGUACAUGCCACCGGAGCUGUACCCAAGCGAGCGCUACCCGAUAUUCUGUUCCGGCACGGGGUACGUGUUCUCAGGGGACAUGGCCGAGCUGAUCUACCAGGCUUCUCUCAGCAUACGCAGGCUGCACCUGGAGGACGUUUACGUCGGGAUCUGUCUUGCGAAGCUACGCAUCGACCCCGCGCCCCCUCCCAACGAGUUCCUCUUCAACCAUUGGCGGGUGUCUUACUCCAGUUGUAAGUACAGUCACCUGAUCACAUCCCAUCAGUUCCAUCCCAAUGAACUCAUCAAGUACUGGAACCACUUGCAGAGCAACAAGCACAACGCCUGUAUCAACAUGGCCAAGGAAAAGAAUGGCAGGUACAGACACCGAAAGUUUCACGGAGAGAGGCCUCCUUGAUGCAUCCUGUGACGACCACCCGCCUCAAAAAAAAAAAAAAAAAGGGGAGAUGGGCGCACUGUAACUAAAGCCGGUGGAGGGCAUGUUGAACUCAGCACUAUACACUAUAUGGGGGAAAAGCACAUUGUUUUUUGGUAUUGUGUACAGUCAAUGAUUCAAACUAUUUUUUUAAGUUGAGGAAAAAUGUUAAGUAUCGUAAACCUGUUGAGCUAUUUCUGAAAGGGAGGACGUGUGACAUGGAGCAUUCACAAAAAAGUGCUGCUGCUCAAGAGUGGUGUUUAUGAUAAUUCAGGUGCCAACAGAGAGGGGGUAAUUCAAGCUACAGUAAAUAUGAGGGCUCUCCUCUCGAAGGGUAGUACAGUAUGUCGCAUUCUAGAAAGUAUAAAAAAAUAAAAAGUUAAGACACUAUUGGUGACAAAAAGGGAAAUGCACAUGUAUUAUGUCGACAGUUAUACUACCUAACUAUGAAUGAAAGUAUCUUUGACGUUGACCAGUUAUGCUGCCCUGUUUCUCAAUGUUUACUUUACAGAUUUAUCAAAGAAUACGAGUCAAAAGAAAAAAAGGUUUAUCUGUCAUAUACUGUAUUUUAUUUUGAAAAAAACAACAACAACAAAAAAAAACAAAAGUCAACAUGAAACCGCUCAGAAUCACGUCAGAGAUGACUGAGAUUGUAUUUUUUAAAGCUUUACAUUGAGUAUGACUCUGCACUUGAGCAAAUGUGCAAUGAAUCAAUUAACAAUUAAAUGUACUGAAUUCA